AUGGACGAGACCGUAUUUAGCCUCGGCCCCGGCGCCCUCGACCAGUCCUCCCCGACCCCCAUCGGGUGGUACGGCUCGCACAGACAGAAAACCCUCUUCGGCCCGCACUGGCUCCUCCCGAGCUUCGAGCCCUGCUUCCCCUACCGCACCAUGGUCGACCUGCUAAAGCCCCUCUCCCCCGACGUCAGCCUGUACAACAUCGGGCCGCCCAUCCACAUGACGGAGCAGAACACGAUGUGGGUGUACGUCAACGACGGGCGCAUCGUCUACGUGCCCCGGUGGAAGGACUUCCGCGUGCUCACCCUGCCCGCCAACGUCCCCGCCGCCCGCGAGUUCUACAACUCGGGCCGCCUCGCGCCCGGGGACACGGGCAUGUGGGUCGUGUUCACGCAGGGCAUGUACUGGCUGCCGCCGGAGUCGCCGCUGGACCUGGUGGCGACGCUGACGGCGAAGCAGAACGGGCUCGUGUUCGUGGACGGCUGGGGCACGCCGUACACGCACCCGCCGGGGGACAACACGGACUGCCUGAUGACGUUCAGCCCCGGGACGACGUGGAUGGUGCUGGAGAGCGGGUCGUACGGGAAGGGCGCGCUCAAGGUGCCGGACGCGCGGGUGCUGGUCUUCCUGUCGGGCGCGAUGCAGUCGCGCGACCGCCCCCCGUUCAGGGUCUGGAAUGUGCUGAGGGCUGCGGGGGCCGUCAUCGACGGUGCGUACGAGGCCAAUCGCAGGAAUUUGCUCGAGUACGACCCCCUGUUUGGGGACGGGUACUUUGAGGUGCUGGAUGAGCAUGGGCAUUUUGUCGAGGUGAAUGUGAGUUUGGAGAGUGAGGAUUACACGCUGGAGCAUCAUGAUUACGGUGAUGAUGAUGGUGGUGAUGGUGGUGAGGGGGGUGAGGGGGGUGGUGAGGGGGGUGGGGAUCAGGGUGGGGAUCAGGGUGGGCUAGGGGGUCUAGGGGGUCUAGGGGAUCUAAGGGGUCCGGAGAACGGGAACGGGAAUGGGAAUGGGGAUGAGCAUGGGUAUGGGGAUUGGGGGAAUCCGACUGUUGAGAAUGGUGGUGGACAGAAUGGAAGGAAUGAGCACGAUGAGCAGAAUGGAUAUAACGAACACAAUGGAUUAGAUGGACACGAUGGAUACGAUGAGCAGAAUAGGCAUGGCGGACUAAACGGACAGAGUGGGCUGAACGGCGGUCAAAAUGGCCUCAACGGGCACAAUGGAUACACUGAAGCAUUUGAAGAAUACCUUGAUCCGCAAGAUCCGUAUACCAGAAAUCCAGGUGGAAUGGCUCGCAACAUACUGUACCGAGAGCGGCCGGACAGGCGGCCGUUCAGAGUCACGGUGACGUAUGAGCUACGGCAGUUAGCUCGCUUCAUUGGGGCGGCGGCUUAUGAUCCGCCGGAUUUGAUAGAUUAG